AUGGAGAUUUCUAAAAAUACCAAGUGCAAAAAAAGGCGGUUCAGAAACUUCCAGAGGGAUCAGAAAAAAACACAAAAAACUAUUGGGGGGAGGAGGGGUCGAACCUAUAGCUUGUCAGAUAUUGCCCUUCCCUCCUCGCCACUACACCACACUUCGCUGGUUUCCUCCCUUCUCCCAAUGCGUAUAAGAAAGAGGGAAGAUGAGGCGCUCGGCGGACUCAAAUUUGAGCCAAAUUUCAAACCUUUUUUUUUCUCGAAACUGCUUUCGAAUGAUAUAGGUCUCUUAUCGAAUUCCCAUACCCCAGUUACAACCUUCCCUAGUAAGCUCAUAAUAGUAUUUGUGAAAAAUUUGAAAUACUGCCAACUGGCUUAA